AUGUCUGACGAUCCUAUUGUCACAAUCGAUGAAUUACUUUUAUCAGGCAACGAUGAAGAAGUUAUAAUUAUGGGUGGAGCUGAUGGAGAACCAGCUUGUACAUUUCCACGGUGUCAUUGCGACCACGAAGUUGUUGAACUUUAUACGAAGAGACACUUCCGUUGCGACUGUGGGAAUAGUAAUUUUAAGGGUGCUAGCGAGUGCAAGUUGUGGGAGGAAAAAGACGAUGUGAAUGUGGAAAACAAGUAUGAUCAAACAUUUGAUGGUGUUUUUUGUGUCUGCUCCCGUCCGUACCCUGAUCCUGAUGCCGAGGAAGAAUUUGAAAUGUUUCAGUGCGGAAUAUGCGAAGAUUGGUUUCAUACACACCAUUUAGGCCUGCCACCAGAUUUUCUUCCAAAUGACGACUAUGAGGAACUGACGUGCUUGAACUGCAUCAAACGGCUUCCGCUGCUUUGGCUUUUGUACUAUAGCCUAAUGCAUUCACAGGAAAAAGAAUCCUGUGUUGAGCUAGAUGAGGAACCUUCUUCGAAAAAACCUCGUAGGGACUCUGACAUCUGUCCACCGGAAUACCCAAGCUCGAAUUCUAAUGGUGAAAUAUGUCGGAUGCCCCAAGUAUUGGCCAACUGUGGGGUUGAUACAGCUACUCCCAGUCCCGCAACUCUGCAGAAGCUCGUUGUCCGUGGUUUUUCAUUCCCAUCACCCAUUUUUUGGCCCAAAAACUGGCGCACGUCUGCUUUAUGCGCAUGUGAAUCCUGUCGUAAUAUGCUUAAAACCCUCGAUAUUGAAUUUAUUUUGGAUCCUGAAGAUUCUAUAGCACAUUAUAUGCAAGUUGGAAAACAGCGAGUCCAAGAAAUACAAUCCGAGCGCGAGUCAGCUAUCUCCGCAGCGCUUUCCGAACUGCCGCAUUCAGCGGCAAUAAACAUCGCUCGCGGUACGUUUGUAAACACGCCUUUAGACGUCGUUACUAGCCCGUUCGUAGCUGAGUUGACUGCUAUCAGGACCUAA